CGCCUCUUUGAAAUUCUUUGCAACACAGCUAAAUUCAGCUCGACUUUCAUCCUUACACUGAGCAGGCUUGUUAGAGGUAUAAGUUACCUUUUUUACUUAGCUAGGACUAUAGUCCUACUAUAAGUCUACUUAAUGGAACAGAACCCUCACUGAAAUAAACGAGACUUAUCGAAACAAGUCUGUCUUUUCCUUUAUCUACGUUGAUGGAAUACCCCCCAGUUCUCUACGCAAUGGAUCAGGGCGAGCAUUCCAAACGAUUCCAUGCUCCAAACAAAUCGUUCCUGAGCAACGAGUCACUUCCGUUGUUAAUACCAAGAAUAAUGGCGGAGAAACGUCGCCCCGUUGUCCCUGCAGCGAUGUUAGAAACCAAGUCGACUAAAACGGACAGCGAAAGGGAAUUUCUCUCGCAGGUGGGGGUGGGAGAAUUGCUCCGAGGCGCUCUGCUUAAGAUGGUUGAAGCUAGAUCGGAUGAUCCUAUCGGGGUCUUAGCCGAUCACUUCUGUAAUGUAGCAUCCGAGUCAGAGAACGGCACAGCGGGAUACAGUGACGGAGAGCAAAGAAUCACACUCACCGCCGGCGUUCAAGAACAGCAACAUCUCAACAAAGCACUGUGGCACUUGAAAUUAGCGCAUCACUCCCAGAGAUCUGCCUUCAGCAAUAAUGUACGUGUGGCAUAUGACCUACUGACCCAGACGGGCCCCCAGAGGUAUAGAGAACAGCUCUGUGGAGGCCCUGGAGGCCGUAGUUCCAAUAGGCCAACCGGUGGCGGUGUGCGAGGGGGCCUCUACACCCAGACUCUUCAAUGCCUGUGCAGUGAAGGUGGGGUCCCUGCCUCCACUUCUGCCCCGCUUCUAAGGCGCCUUCACUGCCAGAAUCACGAAGCAGUACCUUACGAUGUGUUCGGGCAAGGCGUGUUGACGUGUGCCGUGUUCUGUGACUACAUACGGCGUGUUCAGCGGUUGUACGCAGAGGUUUGUGGCCCAGCCGAGGGGCCUGCAGGCCGUGCCCUGUGUCUGGCUGUGCUGGGGACCUUACAGGAAGCCCUGGAGACCUCCCAGGGAUGUGACACCAAUGCAAAUGCUAACACAAAGGCCAAUUCCUACCUGGAAGCUAAUGCUAAGGCUAAUCGCUAUCUGGAGGCGAGUGCUAAGAUCUCGCCCUGCAAGCUUGCGCAGGCCAUGGCUGAGGCACACACAGCUGGAGAGGCAUCAGGAGUCAAUAUGGACGCCAAGGAGUUUGAGGAUGCAGCAGCAGAGUUGUUCAUCACUCGAGUCAGAGUUAUAUCAUAAGUUAACUACUGUGUGCAUUACAGAUUUGUACAACAAAUGGUGUACAUGCUCAGAAUAAUAUGCUUUCCUGAGUUAUACUAAACUACGUGAAAACGUGCAAGCUGACGGAAAUAUUUAAGAUAUUUUGAAAAACAAAAGUGACAAAUGUAUGUGUCUGUUAAAUUAAUCUACCUUCAUCACUUGUAUAAUUUAUUUCAUUGUUAAUCAUGUCACAAAUAAACCAACCUGUGAAAUACUUUCUGUGUUCUUGACUAUUACAAUGCUGAUCACAUAGGAUUCUUCAUUGAUAUCUGUAUGGACUUCAGGGUGUAUUCACAAAUAUGGUUAAAGGGAUCAAAACCUGAUCGGAACCUCUAAAACAAAUGUGUUGAUAACAUAAAUUGACAAUGAAAUUGUUAAAUGGUCAAUGGUCAUCAUAAUGUUUGCUAAAUUAACACUGCCCAUUGUAGUCAGGUGCAUGCACUGUAGCUAGAUAUGAUAGAUGGACAACUGAAUGGCUGUUGAUAUGCAGAGUUUUUACAUAAGACUGUCCUUUGCUGAGGUCAAGAGGCCAUACAGUGAGGCUCCUCACAUUACAUAUUUAGAAUAGGAAUGUCCAGACUCUUGGGAGAUAGAAGGAAACAUGUAUAAACGGUAUUUACAUGAGUUAUGAUGUUAUCAUCUUUUGGUCUGUUCUACUAUACGCAUGGGCUGUACUUGACUUUGUAAGGAAACGUUCUGUGGAUCCUAUAUCUGUACUGUCCAUCCAUUAUAUAAAUAACGUCUGUGAGACAUGUUCUUCACUCAUGCUGACCACUAUGUCGUGAGGAAGUCACAUGAUCCGAACUCAUCUAAUAAACAAAGUCA